AUGACUUCUUCCGAAAAACCAAAAGGGGUUCCGGUAAAAUCGUUGAGAUUUUUGGAAAGCUUCGAUGACAAGUGGCCGCUUUCUGAAACCGCCCGGGAUAAAACCCAUCAUAAAUUGAAUGCAGCAUUUUACAAUUCGAUGAUCGGUUAUGUUAUUGAUCACAAAGAACAAUUGUCGUCAUCGGAAAUCACAGAAAUGCAGGAAAAACUUGAAACAAUCAGUGAAACACAAAAUAUAGAUCGAUUAACGUAUAAAUCGGGUAACGUUUUCGAAGGGCAAUUGUUCGAAUGGAUCCCACACAACAAGGGACGUUUAUGCCUUGACAGCGGCAUCAUUUACGAGGGACAGUUAAAUGACGGUAUUCCCGAGGGCAGGGGCUUCAUAAAAUGGCUGGACGGCAGUUGGUACAGAGGCGAAUUCCUGAAGGGCCUGAGACACGGCAGGGGACUGCACGUGUCCUGCGAAGACGGCCGCCGGUGGUACAGCGGCGAGUGGACCAACGGCAAGAGGAACGGACGCGGAGAAACGUCCUGCUGCGUCGGUCAACCGGACGGCGCGUUGAAUUACUCCGGUGACUGGGUGGACGGGCGGCCGCACGGCAGCGGCACUGCGAUUUGGCCGGACGGGACACGGUACACCGGUGGCUGGGCACGCGGCCGUCGGCACGGCCGCGGUAAGACAGUGUGGCCAAACGACCACGUAUAUGAAGGUGAUUGGGUGGACGGGCUCAUGGACGGUACAGGCACAUACGAAUGGAAUAGCAAUCCUCGAGACUACGACCGGCUUGUACUUCUAUGCUUGUGUGACAAGUACACUGGCCAAUGGUCAAAGUCAAAAAAACACGGUCUGGGUGUAUUCUAUUCGGCGGACACCGGAACAACGGUGACGGGACGCUGGGUGAACGACUCUCUGGACGGUCCGUGUGAAAUCGUCUUGUCUACCGGUCGGCCACCAAAGGCUUCCGGUCUCGUGUUUCGUGACAACGUCCUUUACGAAACUUCACCGGAAACACCUCCUCCCACCCCUAGUAUGAGUCACAAACCUGCUGUGUCGACUCCCGGUCGUAAACGUCGACUUUCGUAUAAACCUAUCACCGCCGUCGCUACAAAUUGUCAACUUUUAGUGGCCUCCGGAAGCCACGUCCAAGAGUCCUCUAUUGAUUCCCGUGGUUUCCAGGCAACCGCGUCGAACCGUCUAGUUCGGGCCGACAUCCAGUUGGCGGAUCAAGAAACGAAAUGCGGUUACGACCUGACAGAUCAUGUCCUGAAUAUAGCAGCCAAGUGUAAGGAGAAACUGGGUGUGGUCACCACUCCAGCUUUGGACUUGGAACCGGAUCUCCGAGACGCAGAGCGCGCACUCGGCGUGUACAAUGAGCAUCUGGCAGAACUUUACCGGGCUUACGGUGCAUUUUUGGCUGACGGCCCGAUUACUUACCGACCACUGAUGACUCGUCUCGGACUUUGGCAGAUGAUUAUUGACAGCCGUCUCCACACGUACAUUUCACUGGCCGACUUCGACGACCUGUUGUGUGAGUAUAUAUAA